UUCAGCAACAUGCCGGAGUUUAACUGCUCCCCUGCAGCUAUCAACUCAAGUGGUGACUCAAUUUUUAAUGAUGUGGGCUGCCCCGAGGUUGCUGUGCUGUGUGGGAUGAAUAUCUCCUGGGUGUUGGCUGACGCUAAAGCCCAAGAUCUGGAUGUCAUGUGCUUGAGUGAGAAGGACUAUCUGGCCAAGGAAUUGGGGUCUCAGAGGUCUCACCUGUUCCUUCCCGUCUGUGUCACCUACCUCACCAUCUUCUUGGUGGGCGUACUGGGCAAUUCCUUGACCUGUGCAGUUAUUUUGCGCUACAGGGUGAUGCAGACACCCACAAACUACUAUCUGCUGAGCCUGGCGGUCUCUGACCUGCUGGUGCUGCUGCUGGGAAUGCCAUUGGAGCUCUACGACAUGUGGCAGAACUACCCCUUCCUGCUCGGAGAGGGAGGCUGCUACUUCAAAAUCUUCCUGUUUGAGACCGUCUGCUUUGCCUCCAUCCUCAACGUGACAGCGCUCAGUGUGGAGCGCUAUGUGGCGGUGGUGCAUCCCCUCAAAGUCAAACAUAUGACCACACGUGCUCAUGUCAAGAGGGUCAUCUUCAUGCUGUGGGUGCUGUCCAUGCUGUGUGCUGUGCCAAAUACCAGUCUGCAUGGGAUUGCGGUGCUGCCUCCAAAGUUUGGGCGACAGUUUCCCCGAUCUGCUAUCUGUAAUGUGGUCAAACCUAUCUGGAUAUACAACCGGAUCAUCCUGAUUUCCACGUUGGCCUUCUUCCUGCUUCCCAUGCUGAUAAUUAGCAUUCUGUAUCUGCUCAUUGGCCUGCGGCUGCACAGUGAGAGAGUGAUGACUGUCGUAGACACAAGGUGUAGCUUUGGACCAGAAAGUCUCUCCAGGUCCCACAAGCAGAAGCUGAGCAAACGCAACCUGCAAGUCACCAAAAUGCUGUGUGUGCUGGUGGUUGUCUUUGGCCUUUGCUGGGCUCCUUUCCAUGUGGAGCGCUUAAUGUGGAGUUACAUUGACCCCUCAUCUGACCUUCACAAAAAGGUCUUCGAGCAUGUCCACAUUGUCUCCGGAGUCUGCUUCUACCUGAGCUCUGCCAUCAACCCCAUCCUUUACAACCUCAUGUCCACCAGGUUCAGAGAAAUGUUCAGUCAUGUAACCUGUUCUUCUAACAGCUGGCCGUCACGCUCCAGCUUACAGAUGACCCAACGCAGCACUUUGAGUGAGAAAAUGCCCAACAGUACGAAAUGGACUUAA